UUCAGCUGCAGACAAGUCGGUUUCCUACUGCGUUUAGUGGUAAUACAAAAACAUAAAAAACAGGACAAUAGCAGACAAAAGGUUCUCUUACAGGAAGGACGAGGGACGCAUAUUUUCUGUCUGGAAUUUGUGGAGGUUUUUUCUGGGAAGUAAAGCUGUGCAUGUCCCAUCCGGAGGGGAAUACACCCGGAGUGGAGGGACGCACCGACUCUCACUGAGCACCGACAGCCGAAAAGCAGCACCCCACCACCGGCAUGACUGUGACGCGGAGCUCGGUCCUCUUCCUGCAGACCCUGCUGCUCUCUGCCCGCAUACAGGUUUCUUCAGCUUCGGGACACUUUGAGCUCCAGAUUUUGUCGAUGCAGAACGUUAACGGUCAGCUGCAGACCGGCGCCUGCUGCGACGGACCCCGGGACGUGACGGAUCGACGAUGCUCGGCGGACGAAUGUGACACCUACUUCCGGGUGUGUCUGAAGGAGUACCAGCUGAAGAUCUCCUCGGCCGGGCCCUGCAGCUUCGGCACCGCCUCCACCCCCGUGCUCGGUGGAAAUAACUUUUCUUUACGCAACGCCAAGAGCAACGCCAGAGCCAGGAUCGUGCUGCCGUUCAGCUUCGCUUGGCCGAGAUCCUACACAUUGAUCGUGGAAGCCUUGGACUUCAACAACGACUCGUCCUCCGGCAAUGUCGGUGGGGUGAUGAUUGAGAAAGCCGUCCUCUCGGGGAUGAUCAACCCGAGCCGGCAGUGGCAGAGUCUGCAGCACACCGGCCCCGUGGCUCAGUUCCACUUCCAGGUCCGCCUCAGCUGCGACGAGCACUACUACGGCUUCGGCUGCAACAAGUUCUGCCGCCCGCGGGACGACUUCUUCGGACACUACGAGUGCGACCACAACGGGAACAAGACGUGUCUGGACGGCUGGGCCGGACCAGACUGCAACACUGCGAUCUGCAGACAGGGCUGCAGCACAGAGCACGGAUCCUGCAAAGUUCCUGGAGAGUGCAAGUGUCUGUACGGCUGGCAGGGGGAUUACUGCGACCAGUGCAUCCCUCACCCCGGCUGUGUGUACGGCAGCUGUAUGGAGCCCUGGCAGUGUCUCUGUGACACCAACUAUGGAGGACAGCUCUGUGACAAAGAUCUGAACACGUGUGCGACGCUGCAGCCGUGUUCAAACGGAGGAACCUGCAGCAACACGGGACCGGACAAAUACCACUGCUCCUGCCCAGAGGGCUUCUCUGGGGUCAGCUGUGAGAGAGCGGACCACGCCUGUCUGUCUAACCCCUGCCUGGGGGGCGGAAGCUGUGUGGAGACGAGUCAGGGCUUCGAGUGUCGCUGCUCCUCCGGCUGGACCGGACCCUCCUGCUCCAUCAAUGUGGACGAGUGUGUGUGGAACCCCUGCAGUCAUGGAGGCACCUGUCAGGACCUGAUCAACGGGUUCAAGUGCACCUGUCCGGCUCAGUGGAUCGGGAAGACCUGCCUCAUCGAUGCAAACGAGUGUGACGACGACCCCUGCGUCAACGCCCACUCCUGCAGGAAUCUGAUAGGAGGAUAUUUCUGCGAAUGCCUCCCAGGUUGGACGGGAAAGAACUGUGACACCAAUAUCAACGACUGCCGAGGUCAGUGUCAGAACGGAGCCACGUGCAAGGACCUGGUGAACGGGUUUCAGUGUGUGUGCGCUCCGGGUUUCGGGGGUGAACGCUGUGAGACGGACGUGGACGAGUGCGCCAGCGAGCCGUGUCUCAAAGGCGGCCGUUGCCAUGACGAAGUUAGCGGCUUCCACUGCCUCUGUCCACCCGGUUCCUCUGGGAGUCGCUGUCAGUUGGAUAUCGAUUACUGCCUCCACAGUCCGUGUCAAAACGGCGGCGAGUGUUUCAACCUGGGGAGCGAGUACGUCUGUGAAUGUCCCGAAGACUUCGAGGGGAAGAACUGCUCGCGGCUGAAGGACCACUGCCGCACCACGCCCUGCAAAGUGAUUGACAGCUGCACGGUUGCCGUGGCGUCCAACAGCACGCCGGGCGGGGUGCGUUUGAUUUCGUCCAACGUGUGCGGGCCGCACGGUCGCUGUCGGAGUCACGCGGGCGGACAGUUCAGCUGCGCGUGUGAGGAGGGGUUCACCGGGACGUACUGCCACGAGAAUAUCAAUGACUGUGAGCUCGCCCCCUGUCUGAACGGAGGGACCUGCAUCGAUAAAGUCAGUCAGUAUCUCUGCAUCUGUGCAGACGGCUGGGACGGACCCACCUGCCACAACAAUAUUGACGACUGCAGCUCGGCUCCGUGUCAGAACCGCGGCGUCUGUCGAGAUCGGGUCAACGAUUUCUUCUGCCAGUGUAACAAUGGCUGGAAGGGGAAGACCUGCCACUCACGAGUGAGUCAGUGUGACGAGGAGACGUGUAACCACGGAGGAACCUGCUACGAUGAAGGAGAUGCCUUCAAGUGUCAUUGUGCUGCCGGCUGGGAGGGCGCGACCUGUAGCAUCGCGAAGAACAGCAGCUGUGUGUUGAGUCCCUGUGAGAACGGAGGAACCUGCGUGGUGGACGGAGACUCGUUCAGCUGCGUCUGCAAGGAAGGCUGGGAGGGCGCCACCUGCAGCCAGAACGCCAACAACUGCAGUCCUCAUCCCUGCUACAACAGUGGCACCUGUGUGGAUGGAGACAACUGGUAUCGAUGUGAAUGUUCUCCGGGUUUCGCCGGUCCAGACUGCAGAAUCAACAUCAAUGAGUGCCAGUCGUCGCCCUGCUCCUUCGGCUCCACAUGUGUGGAUGAAAUCAACGCUUUCCGCUGCAUCUGUCCUCCAGGAAGAGCUGGCCCCCGCUGCCAAGAAGCGUCGGGGCGGCCCUGUGUGGUGGGGGGGGGGCAGCUGGCUCUGGACGGCAGCCGGUGGGACGACGACUGCAACAUCUGCAGCUGCCACAACGGGAGGACCACCUGCACCAAGUUUCAGUGCGGCCCUCGCCCCUGCAGUCUCCUCUCUCAGCCUCCAGGCUCUGAGUGUCCGGAGGCUCAGACCUGCGAGGCGCUGCAGGACGAGCACUGCUUCGUGAAGCCGUGCCCGGGGCAGGGAGAGUGCUGGAGCCCCGCCCACCAGGCCCCGCCCAAUGACAGCUGUGACUCAGAGAGCGGCUGUGCCAACCUCACCUUCACCUUCAACAAGGACGUCAUGGCAACGGGUGUGACGGUGGAGCAGGUUUGUCGUGAGCUCAGGAGCCUCUAUGUCGAGAAGAACCUCUCCUCCUCCUCUUCCUCUUCCUCUUCCUCCAUCUCCAUGACCUGCGAGCCGUCGCUCAGCACCAACAACGAAAUCCACGUUGCCAUCUCGACGGAGGACCAGAGGAGAGGUCUGACCUUCGUCAAGGAAAUCACAGACAGGAUCAUGGAUCUGGUGAGCAAGAGGAGCGCCAACAGCAGCAUCAUCAGCGCCAUCGCAGAGGUCCGGGUCCAGAGGCGGCAGAACCACAACCCCAAUGCAGACCACAUCGUGCCUCUUCUGAUAUCCGCGGUGGUCUUCAUCUGGGCGCUGGCCGUCAUCUCCAUGUUGCUGUGGUGUGUGAGGAGGCGGAGGAAACGGAGCGCUCACACCGGGGUCAACACACAGGUGGCAUCAUCAUCAACAUCAUCAGCUUUAGCCCCGGCAACCGAGGACAACAACGCCCUCCACAACAGCGUCAGCACCCCCCGCGAGCAGCUCAACCACAUCAAGAACCCCAUCGAGAAAAACGCCCCCAACCUCCAGCACCACCACAUCUGCGAGGACAAGAACGCGGUCAACGCCAAGAUCAGGAAGUCGGACGACGGGGGCCAAUCAGACGAGGAGGAGAUGGAUAAGAGGCUUCAGAAGGCGAGGUUUGCCAGAGCCCCGCCGGCAUAUUCGCUGGUGGACUGGGAGGAGCGACCCCCCCAUCAUCUGACAGGCAAACACUGGACAAACAAACAGGACAACAGGCAACUUCAGUCACAGAGUGUAAACAGGACGGAGUAUAUUGUAUAACCAUCGGGGCUCAAAAUGACUGGACAAUCCUUCGAGAUGAAACCGCCCAAAACGGGGAAAAACGUUAUCUUUUGUUAAUUUUGUAUGUUAUUUUUUCUUCAGGACUGAUGGAUUUAAUUUAUGACGCGGAUCUGGACGGUCCACCGCUGGAUCUCUGAUACUGCGGACACUUUUCGUUAAAUUUGGACGUGGAUGAGCGGUUUUGUUUUUGGGUUCAAUAAUGAGUUUUGUAGUUUGAAUGUGCUGCAGCAAAGUUGGAAAAUAUUUAUUUAGUUGUUUGCGCGACCAAUUUUGAGUCAUUAUGAAGAAUCGUCCGUGUAGAAUGUUUCUGUAAAGAUGUGUAAAUAUUUUUUUUUUUAUUACUCAAUGUGUAUAUUUGGAUUUAUUAACUUAAUCAUCAAGAGCCUUUUUUUUUUAUUAUUUAUGAGUUGAAGCUUUGUAAGCUCACGAUUUCUUGAUGGAAAUGUUUUUUUUUAAUAUAAUUUUAACGCCAAAAGUGUUCUUGGAAAAAUAGUUUAUUUUUAGCCUUUUGGAUUUGGGCAUUUUUGUGCCUCAAUUAAAUGUUUUGUACAUUGUCUGUGAGGCCGUUUUGUUGGUAUGUUUGCCAGAAUGUUAUGUUGUAAGCACUCUACACGUACAUGGAGAGGAAGGGGGGUAAUUGAUUCAUGGUUAGACAGAUUUUGCUGCUGCAGGAUCCUUUUAUACAAACCAACAUGGUGGCCCAUAUACUGCUUUUGCUACUGAAAUUACAUUCUCUGAGGGACGCAACUUUUUUUUGCAAUUAUUUGUACAGUGUAAAAAAAAAAAGAGUUGAGCACAGGCUUUCUGUUUCCAUGUUUGUAACAAUCUGAAUGAGCCCUGUAGAAUUUACAUCCAGUGUGAACAUUGUGUGGAAACUCGAGGUCUGAAACGUCACAGGAAACCAUUUUAGGAAGUACUGAAAGAGUUUAACACUUUUUGUGAAAUGUUGCCUGUUGUUGAUUGGAGGAAAAAGUAAGGCUGUGAAUAAGAGUUUGUGUACAGUCGUCAGCCUCUUCUAGUUCUUGAUGGAGGAACAAAUAAAACGUGUUUUUCUCAUA